CAUUAUUUUGUGGUCAACAAAUCUUAAAAUAAACUGGGUUUGUAACGUUAUCGUAAUAUCGUCUUGUGCAUCGUAUAUGCCAUGACGCUGCUGGCCCGCCACAACAUUAGUGAUUGACGAUAUUAAAUAAUAGCGAUUAGCAAUUACGUAACUGGUAUUGCACUCGCACAGUCGCACAGUCGCAUGUCUUGAUAUUAUUCGACUUGCUACUUGCGAUGUGCUCACUGCUCAAAUGCUCAAUGCCUACAUUAUUAUUUAAUAUAGACUAUAAUAGUAGUAAGUAACUUUUAACAUUACUGUUGUGUCAUGUCCGGUAAACGAAAGGGUGGUGCUGAAAAAGCCCGUGAAAAGAAAAUAUUGUUGCUUUUGAAUGCGAGCCAAAAAUGUUUUAAUCUUAAGCCUUGAAGGACAUGUUUUCAAAAAAUUCAAAACUUUCAAAUACGCCAAGUAUAUCGAAAUCUGAUACCAAUGCUGUUGGGCAAUCCAAUGAUAGAAUCGAUGACAAAUGUAAUGUUGAACCUGACGAAACCAAUGCAUUAGUUGAUACAUCAAUGAAAACUAUGUCCGAUGUAACAGAUCAUAUUUUGGCAGAUAAAACUGAUACAAGUGUAUCUAAAGUUAGUGUUGUACCCCUACAUAAUAAUGAUCCGGUAAACCAACUUCCAGUUAAUUGUCUUGAACUCAGAGAUCGAAAAUCAGCUGAUCCAUACUGCCCAAACAUGGAAUCUUAUCCAAAAACAAUGCAAGGAGCAUCAGAAAGAUCACUUCAAAAAACCUGAUUUGAAAAAUAUGUAUUGUUAGAAUACAGUUCAUCUAAAGACCUAGCAUUUUGUUUUCCAUAUAGGAUUUUUAAGGGUAAUAAUUUAAAUAGUAGUCAACUAGACGAUGCAUUUUCUAAAACUGGUUUCUGUAGUUGGUAUAGAGGUAUUAAUCGUUUUAAUAAACAUCAAAUGUCUAAAUCCCAUAUUUUUAGUACCCAAGCAAUUACUGAUUACUUUAAUACUUCUUCUAUUGAUCAAAAAAUUGAUACAAGUAGAAAAGAAUAUAUUUCCAAAUGUGAGAGUGAUCGUUUGCACAAUAGAGAAAUUAUGAAGCGUUUGAUAGAUAUAACUUUGUGUCUUGUUAAAGGAGGAAGGCCUUUUAGACUUUUAGAGGCUACGAUGAAGGAGAAAAAAGUAAUCAAAAGGGUUUAUUCAAAGAAAUAGUUAAUACUUUUGCUAAAUAUGAAAUAAUUUUGAAAGAACACUUUGAAAAUGGCCCAAAAAAUGCAAAAUAUACCUGUAAUAGAAUCCAAAAUGACCUAAUUAGUUCCAUACAUAAUGUUCUUAUUAAAAAAGUAAAAGCAGAUUUACAAAAUGUUUAUGUUUCCAUCUUAGCCGAUGAAACUAGUGAUGUUGGCCAUCAUGAACAACUUUCAAUCGUUAUACGAUAUUUUGAUGAUCAAAUGAAUAGACCUGUUGAAACUUUUCUUGAUUUAGUACGGUUAGUUUCUGUUAAUGCUGAAUCUAUAUUCACAGCUAUAAGUAAUAUUAUACAUUCCAAAUUUGGUAUAGGUUUGUCAUCAAUAAUUGCUGUGGGUUUUAAUGUGGCCUCAACAAUGUCUGGUAAUAUAGCUGGAGUACAAAGAAAAUUUAAAGAGAUGAAUGCAAACAUUUUGUAUGUGCAUUGCUAUGCUAAAUGCUUAAAUUUGUCAUUAAUUUAUUCAAUUACAAGUAAUAUGAGUAACAAAAAUCAAGUAGUAUUUAACUUUUUAGGGUCUGUUCAAUUUUUAUACUCUUUCAUUGAAGGUAGCCCUACUCGACAUGCUAUUUUUGAAAAUAUAGUUAAAGAACGUGGGUCUAUUCUUUAAA